AUGGCGCAAGCGGCACAAGCCGUUCUCAUUUGCUUGGCGCUGCUGCCCUUCGCAAGUGCUUGUACUGUCGGAUCAAGAGGUGAUUGCGAUGGAAAUGGCGUUUGUGUUUCUGACAGCUUUUUCGACAACGACCCCUUUUUCAACAAAUGCGAGUGUGACUUCUGUUGGAGUGGCGCGGGUUCCUGCGAUCAGAACUUUUGCAUCUUCCUCAUGAUCCCUGUGGUCAUCCUACUUUGCGUUUGCUGCGUCUUCUGCAUCUGCUGUUGUUGCAUCGGCGGCACCUUGCGGACGGUGUGGAAGGCCCAACAACAACAAGCCGUUCCGCCCGUGGUGGGACCCGCCUCGGGUGUGGAUCCUACUACUGCACCGCCCGUGGUAAUGGUGCAAGCGACGGUUGUUGAGCCAGCAACGCCUGUCGUGGUGGGAGCCACUGCGACCAACGAAAACUAUGCCGCCUAG